AUGUCUCCCGACCACCGCAACACACCGGAUCCGCCGCAGUUGGCGGCGGAUUCCCUGCAGGCCGACACAAGCAGCGCCGCUCCCAGCAGCGACUCUCGCAGCGCCUCGUUCGACACUCCCGAGACCCAACGGGACGACGAUGUUGCUGAGCUGGCGAGCCGCAUUGCAGCGAGUGGCGAUGCGGCGACAUCCGUCUCUUCCGCUCCAAGAGGGGAUACGGGUGACGCGCGUAGCGGCUCGUCGUCUAAUGGCCGUGCGACAGGGGAGACUGUCUCGUCGAGCGAUCAACUGCGACCAACGAGGCGACGGGGAGGCUGGCUCGCAGCCGUCGCAGGGUUGCUCGUGCGCUCCCCACUCGGGGCUCUCUGUCGCACACUGGGUCGCUCGGUCCGUCGCACAGUCGCCCGCGAUGGCGCUUUGAAAGUCGCCCUGAGUCGAUCCGUCGAUGGAGCCUUGAGCUUGUCGCGCGCCGCGACGUGGUUCGCGGUGCGCGUAGUAGCGAUUAAAAUGCUAAGGAAGCCUGUACGCGCUAUAGGCCCGCCGCUGCUGUGGCCCGCGCUGCACGUAGUGGCAAUCAUGCACCUCGAGGCGCGUCUCAACGGGGGGAAGGGUGGCGGAAGGGCAGGGGGAGGGGGAACGGUAGGGGGAGAGCUGGUGGCGGGAAAGGGAGCGGGUAGAGAAGAGGAGGCAGAAGUGGUGCUGAGGGAAAUCGGAGGACCGCUGGAGAUGAUCGGUCGUGUUGUGACGGUGACACGUGGCGGGACGUGGAUGAUUAUGGAGACGAUCUCCGCGCCGCUCCUCGUCUCCACACUCUCCGUCCUCGUGCCCUUCCUCCUCCCCGCGCGCCCCUCCUCCCGCGCGCACCCCGAUGAUCCUCCUCACAUGCUCCCACACCCGGUCGAGGCCCGCCCUUCCCUCUCAGAAGCACGCGCAGCAGCGCGCGCAUCAGCGCGAGCAGCGGCGGCAGCAGCGGUAGCAGCAUCGCCAGAAGGAGCUGCAUCAUUUGGAGGGGCGUCAUCAGUGUCAGACUAUUCUCUCGACGGCUCUCUUGCUGCGUCUGACAGCACCGCAUCAUCAUCAUCAUCAUCAUCUGCGUCGUCUGUCUGCUCGCGCCCCUCCACUCCGCCUCCCCGCGCUGCUGUUCUCCCCGACCUCCCCUCUCCGCCCGCGCCCGCGCUCUCUCCUGACGACCAAGCUUUGAUUCAAGACGUGCGAUCGGCGCUCCAAGAUGCUGACGUGGACACACAGGAUUGGCUGACGGACGACACAGUGCUGCGCUACGCAGUGCCAGGCAAGCGCCACGUGGCGUCAAUGGUGGAUAAGAUCCGCGCCACUGCCACGUGGCGCCAAUCCGUCCGCCUCCUCUCGCCCGCCGAGGUGCUCUGCUCGCCCUGGCGGACGUUUGGCUACUGGCACGGCGCGGACGUGGACGGCAGGCCUUGUCUUGUUCUGCAUGUGGGGCGGGCGGCCAAGGCCAUUCCGUCUUCUUUCCAUGCCGACUUUGUCUGCUACCUGGCCUCCCUAGUGAGCGCAGUGACAGCAGCGCUCACCCUCUCAUGCCCUGACAGCGGGCGCAUCGCAGUCGUUCUGGACUGCCAGGGCGCGCCCGCGCUGUGGCACCUUCCCGUGGGGCUGCUGCGCGCCUCCAUCACCGCUCUGCACCGCAACUUCCCCCACCGCAUGGCCCGCCUGCACGUGCUGCACCUGCCGACCACGCUCCGCCUCCUCGCCCGCGCCAUGCUGCAGCUGCUUAGCUCAACCACACGCAGCAAGAUACAGAUCAUUGCUGGCGGAUCUUCCACCACGUCAGCACUCUCUGAUCUCUUUGGACUCCACUUCAGCGUGCCAGCUAGGCUGGCCGGCGGCUGCUCAGGCAUAGCCGCUGCCGCCGCCGCCGCUGAAGCCGCAGAUUUAGGAGAUAGUGUCGGCACAGGCCCGGGUUUGGGAGUGGGAGCAGCCGCGGAUCAAUUCGUUUCGACGGAUGAUAUUCCUGCGGCGAACAGAGCGGCAGACGCGGCGACAGGCGCAGCGGGGCCGGAGGGUUUCAAUUCAAAAUUAGCGGGAAUUGAGGAGGAGGAGCGGUUGGUGGACGAGCUGCUGACGUGGCUGGAGGAGAAAGGCGUGACAGGGAUUAGAGACGAGGAUGCGGCGAUUAAGGUAUUCAUUGACGCCAACACCACCCUCAAGGCUUCCAGCAGGUCAAGAGCGAAUCUCCGCAUGGUGGCGCGGCGCCCCAUCGCGGAGGGCGAGGUGUUUCUGUCGCUGCCUCGCUCGCUCGCUCUCUCCGAAUCUCACGCGCAGGAAGAGGCAAAGCCGUAUGAGGGAGAGGUGCAUCCAUUCACGGCGCUGGCGGCGUGGGUGCUGAGGGAGCGGGGCAAGGGGCGCGCGUCCCAUUGGGCGCCCUUCGUGCGCCUGCUGCCCGCCCACCUGCCCUUCCCCCACCUCUUCUCCGACCGCCUUCGCACCGAACUCCAAUCCCAGUCACUGCUCUUGGCUACCGCAGAGCACAAUCGGAUGCUUAAAGAAGAGUACAAAAAGUGCCGACCGGAAGCCAUAGCGAGUGCAAGCGAGGAGGAGUUCCAGUGGGCGGUGGGCAUGGUCACCUCGCGGAUGUUCACACUCCCUGCAAGUAACAGCACUGCCACCGGUGAUUCCAGUGGCAGCAGUGAUGGCAGUGCGGCCAACAGCAGCAGCAGCAACAGCACUAGCAGUGGCACGAGCAACGUUACAGAGACAGUGCUGUUCCCCUAUGCGGACCUGUUUGACACGGACAACGAUCCCGUCGCCAUGUGGCUGGCCAACGACACGCACAUCACGUUCACAGCCACGGCCAACAUCUCCCAGGGCCAGCACGUGAGCGUGGAAUCCGGACUUCUGUCAAACGACGAGGCGCUGCUGAUGCGCGGCAUGGCGCUGGCAACCAACUACCGUGACAGUGCGGACAUUUUCGAGUACCCCGAGGUUGCCAUCGACUUCUUUGGAAGGCACUACUUCCGGACGCAUUGGGAAUCGUUCAUGGAGACUGACGUGGAGCAGGUCUUUGCUGACAUGGAGAAGGCGCUCAAGGCCGAGGUGACCAAGGACUGGUACAAGGGCAUACCGGACGAGCCAGAGUUCAGGAUCGACACACAGGCGAGCCUGAGAGUCUGGUUCGGCGGAAGGCUUGAUCCGAGGCUGCUGGGAGGUCUGGCAGCCCUCCAUGCGCACGUGAUGAACAAGGAAGCCCCCAAGUAUUCAGAGCUGGCGCGGCCAGCAGUGGAGUACAGCUGGCUGCGCGACCCCAAGACCACGUGCGACGACUACGCCGCAUCGCUCCCCGACAACCUCGGGGACUCCAUCCCCGCAGCCGGCACGGGCAUUCUCGAGCGCGCGAAACAGAUGCUCAAGGCCAUGGGGACGACGCGUGAGGGGGACCUGCAGCGCAUGUUUGUGGUGCAGGCGUGCAAGGUGCAGGUGCUGUAUGGGACGUACCCCGGAGACAAGCCGCUCAUGUGCCCGCCUGAGUUUGUGCGUGAGCUGGCGGACUGGGAGGCAGCUUUGGCUUACAGGCUGUCGAAGAAAGAGGUGCUGUCGCACGUGAUUGGCCGCCUCACAGCCACAUGCGAGGCUUAG